AUGAGGCACCAUAAGGAGAAGGAGGGCGUAGCCCGCUUCGCGAGGGAGGUCAAGCCACCUACUGCCCCGCCCCAGCGAGCUGCCACGGGGGUCGCUCGCCAGCCACGACCUGACACUGUUAGCGGCAAGCGGGUUAAGAAGCCCGCUUUAGCGUCCUCUGGCUUAUCGAU